AUGCUUCGGUUUAUCUCCAAUGGGUCAAAUCUUUCCGAAAAUGAGGUUAAAUUGCAAAAACUUAGAGAUAAAUGGAAGGAUGCCACUGAAGUUUUAAGUAAAUGGGGUUGUGUUGAAGACGAUUUGAAGAUGAUAUUUACCCGUUGCCCCGCAUUGCGCAAUGCAGAUCCUGCUCAGGUUCAAUCUAAGCUUUGCUUGCUUAGUGACUUGGGUUUAGGGUCAUCUGAGCUAGUGCAGAUUAUCAAUUGCAGGCCUCGAUUUUUCAGGACGCGGAUUAACCAUAAGUUCGAAGAGAGGCUUGACUCUCUUAUUUCAUUGUUUGAGUCAAAGGAAAUGCUUCACAAGGCCAUUCUGAGAAACCCGUCACUGUUGUGUGAAAAUAGCUAUGACAUUGACGGUAUUGUUGCACAAUAUGAAAAGUUAGGUGUACCAAAAAGGGACUUAGUUAAAAUGCUGAUUUUGCGGCCAACAAUCAUUUCGAGGACUUCCUUUGACGAUGAGAAACUCGAAUAUAUAAGUAGGUCUAGGGUUUCGAAGGAUGCCAAAUUGUACAAGUAUGUGGUGACAUUAAUAGGCAUUUCUCGCGUGGACACAAUUCGUGAAAAGGUCUUGAAUAUUGCAAAGUUUGGUUUUUCGGAUGAUGAGGUACUUGGUCUUUUUGGGAGGUCUCCUAAUAUUUUGACAAUUUCAACUGAUAAGGUUCAGAGGAACAUGACUUUCAUUUUAGGUACAAUGAAGCUUGAAGCUAAGACGAUCUUAAAGUAUCCGAAUCUCUUGUUCGUAAAUAUGGAGACUGUUUUGAAGCCAAGAGGGCUUCUAGCAAUGAAGAUACGAGAUAUGGAUUCCAAGUUGAAAUUACCUUCAAUACUCAUGGCAUUGAGGAUGUCAGAGGAGAGGUUUUUAAAGUUGUUUGUUGAAUGUCAUGACAAGGAAAUUGCUGAUGAAUUAAUGGAGUUUUAUACAAGGACAAAAGAGGCUAAGAGAUUAGCAGCUUCAUCGAAGACUUGUACUACUAGAGGUUUCCCUUUUUGA